UGCUUCCUUUCUCUUCCUUCCCCUGCAAGUUCAGUCCUAAACUGACACACCAAAACAACCAACAACUCCAUUCCCAUCUCCCCCACCAUCUCCAAUGGCUCUCUUUGUCUUCUGCAAUUUGCUGCUUCUCCUGCUAGCUCCUUUUGCAGCCUCUAACAUAGACCAAGAUAGAACUGAGUGCUCAGACCAACUCAUCGGCCUUGCCCCUUGCCUGCCUUAUGUUAGCGGCGAUGCCAAAACGCCUACCAUUGAUUGCUGCAGUGGGCUCAAGCAGGUGGUGCAGAAGAGUAAGAAGUGCCUCUGUGUUCUUAUCAAGGACAAGGAUGACCCUAAUCUUGGCCUUAAAAUCAAUGGCUCCCUCGCUUUGGGUCUCCCUAAUGCCUGCCAUGCUCCUUCUAAUAUCACUGAGUGUAUCUCUCUUUUGCACUUAGCACCAAACUCUACAGAAGCUAAGAUAUUCAAAGAGUCAAAUUCCACAAGUGAACCAAGCAGUGCUCCAGAUUCUAAAGUUCAUGGGAGUUCGUCCACUGCCAACGAAAAAAGCGACGGUGGAACGAGGAAGAAACCGAUUGGAGGUGCAGGGAUGAUUAUGGAGAUUCUGCUAGGGUUCUUCAUUCUAUCGCAUCUCAAUAGUCUAAAGUUCAUAUAGAAGCAGAACACAAUUCCCUCAAAUCCCUAAUUUGUUGUUUCUCUUUGUAGUUCACGAGUUCUUGAUCAUCCGACAAUUCAUUACAUGCCAUUUUCUUGCACUAUUUAGAAACAUAAUUCGGGGCGAAUUCAAGUUUUUUC